AUGGCAGAUAAAGUGCGCCCCAUCUAUCAGUUGCCUCAUUACUCUGGUAUCUUCACCACACAUUGGUUACCAGUUUGGUCAGGGUUACAUCCUGAAUGUGAAUUAAUUUUCCAACUUGAAAAAGAUGAAAAACAAUGUCUAAAAGAAAUUGCAGAGAUUGAAAAUCAUAUUAUAACAGGCUGUGAGCAGAUUUGGGAUGCAGUGGUAUGCUGGCCUAGAACUACUAUUGGCGAGACUGUCAAUAUUUCUUGUCCUACUGUUUUUUCCCUCUUUAUGAAAAAUCCAGGUACAAUAAGCAGGAACUGUACCAGCGUUGGGUGGUCCAGCCCCUACCCACCAUAUUACAUUGCCUGUAGUGUAGAUGAUGAACUACCAUCUGAGGAAGAAUCUUAUUUUGCUACAGUGAAGGUGAUUUAUACAGUUGGAUAUGGAGCUUCUGUUAUCUCUCUCACAGUUGCUGUUGUAAUCUUACUCCUAUUCAGGAGGCUUCACUGUGCAAGAAAUUAUAUUCACAUCCAACUCUUUGUCACCUUUAUCCUGAGAGCUGUGGCAGUUUUCAUUAAGGAUGCCAUUCUGUUUUCAAAUGAAGAAACCAAUCAUUGUACACUUUCAACUAUGAGCUGUAAAGCAUCUGUGGUGUUUUGCCAUUAUUGUGUUAUGGCCAAUUUCUUCUGGCUACUGGUUGAGGCACUGCAUCUCAACUGGCUUCAAUUGUCAUCUUUUUAUCAAGGAAAAAAUUGCCUCUGGUUGUUCAUCUUGCUCGGCUGGGGAGUUCCAACAAUUUUUAUAAUUAUUUGGAUAGUGUCAAGGAUUUAUUUUGAAGAUACAGAAUGUUGGGACAUUACUGAAAAUUCUCCCUACUGGUGGAUUAUUAAAGGUCCAAUUGUAGUGUCUAUUGCUGUUAAUUUUAUCCUCUUCAUUAAUAUUCUAAGAAUUUUGAUUCAGAAACUGAACCCCCGCCUAAUUCAGUUUAAUAAUUCAUCACAGUACAGACGGCUGUCAAAAUCCACUCUUCUUUUAAUUCCACUCUUUGGGACACAUUACAUGGUUUUUAACUUCUUUCCUGACUAUAUGAAUGUUGGUGUGCGGCUCUACAUAGAAUUAUGCUUAGGAUCCUUUCAGGGGCUUUUAGUAGCUGUUCUCUACUGCUUUCUUAACCAAGAAGUGCAAACAGAAAUCCAACGAAACUGGACAAGAUGGUAUGAAAAUAGCUACGGGGACAUACCAGCUGUGGUGAAAGGAAGUCAAAUGGAUACUCCAUUUUAAUCAUCUAAGCAUUUAGCAUUAAAGGGCUGAAUGUGGUAUUCUGGACAGGACUGUGGACU